AUGUCAGGCCAUGAGAGGACAACGGGGCCCCCAGAAACACCCACAGGACAUGGAGGAAGCACCGUGUCAGGCUGCGAGAGGACCACGGGGCCCCCAGAAACGCCCACAGGACAUGGAGGAAACACCACGUCGGGACACGAGUGGACUGCGGGGCCCCCAAAAACACCCACAGGACACGGAGGAAAGACCACAUCAGGCCAUGAGAGGACCAUGGGGGCCCCAGAAACACCCACGGGACACGGGGGAAAGACCACGUCAGGCCACGAGAGGACCACAGGGCCCCCAGAAACGCCCACGGGACAUGGAGGAAACACCACGUCAGGCCACAAGUGGACUGCGGGGCCCCCAGAAACACCCACAGGUCACGGAGGAAAGACCACGUCAGGCCACGAGAGGACCACGGGGCCCCCAGAAAGGACCGGAGCACACGGAGGAAGCACCACAUCAGGCCAUGAGAGGACCAGUGGAGCCCCAGGAAAAUCCAUGGGACAUGAAGGAAAGACCACAUCGAUCCAUGAGGGAAGCACCAGAGCCCCUGCAAAGCCCACAGGACAUGGAGGAAAGACCAAAUGGACCCAUUGCAAGAACUCAGGAGCUCCAACAGAACCUACUAGACAUCAAGAAAAGACCACAUUGGCCACUGAGACCAUAAAACCCCCAAUUAAACACACAGAAAAUUCAACAAAAGUCACAGCAGCCACAGAGAGUAUAAGACCUCCAGUGAAGGUCACAGGAGUCACCUUUAUCAGUACUACCUCUCCUUUUCCAAAUAAAACUGAGGUUUCCUGUCAUGUGCCAGUUGGUUCUUUUACAGCCACCAGGUCGAUCAUGUCGGAAGCCCCUGGCAAGAGCCAUACACACCAGAACAAAGAUGUCUCACAAGGAGAUUUCCAUGCUGGAGAGAUGGGGGAGAAUGAUUCCUUCCCUGCAUGGGCCAUAGUUAUCGUGGUCCUGUUGAUUGUGAUUCUCCUCCUGGUGUUCCUUGGCCUGAUUUUCUUGGUCUCCUAUUUGGCACGAACACACCGUGCACUGAUCCAGAACACUGAGGACAAUGACCCAGAGGGUGACGGGGGCCCCAUUUCCUACCCAGUCCACCUGAUGGAGCAACAGACUCUUGGCAUGGCCCAGAUCUCUUCCCCACAAUGA